GAUUGUCACAGCGCACAUGGAAUUGUAAAGUUAGUUUGUAUUUUGAAGCCAAAUUAAAAUUGAUGCCGAAUAUUUUCACAAAAAUCAAAAGAAUGGAAUAAAAUUAAAAUGGAUGUAGACUGCGGAUAUUGUGAUGAUAGAAUUGGCACCGACGAUUUCUUGGAGUGCGAAGAAUGUGAACAAUAUGUUCAUGUGCGGUGUUUACGUCGGCCGGGAACACCAGGCGAUUUUGUUGGUGACAUAUUCUUCAAAUUCACAUGUGUGAGCUGUACCAACAAUGCCAAAGAAACAUUUGAAAGAGAAAAAUUACCAUGGACAAUGAUAAUUGUGUUGACAAUUUAUAACUUAACCAAGAAAUCACAAGGCCUAAGUAGAAAUGGUUAUUUCCAUUGGAGAUCGCACAUCGCCCACUUUAUUGACAAAAAUUGGGCGUACCUUGUGGAACCGAAUUUUAAGAAAAAAAAGAAUUGGAUUGGUACUAUUACUGGAACACUUUCACACCAUUCACCGGUAUUAUUUACAUCUGGACUUGCAGUGUUUAAUGAAGGCGGAUAUUGGAAAUUAUCGCAUAACAAAACACCCAAACAAUAUUAUGACUUUGUGAAGAGAUUCCGCAAAGAUAAAGGUGCCACCGAAGAAAUAAAUGUGCUAAACGAUGAGCCCAGAUCGAGUUUGUUAGGAAAAAGAGCACACGAAUCGAGCGCAGAUGAGAGUGAGAGUGAAACUGAUACUGAGCCAGAUCACUGUAGUCGAACACUACCAUUCACCGGCAAAUACAAAUGGGAUCUGAAACUGAAAGACGAACCCGAACCAAUGAUUGAUAUUUUAAAUUUCAUUGAUUCAAGUGAGAAUUCGAAUUUGCUCGAUGAAAUGCCCGCCUUACCAACGCUCACAUCUGAAGAAAUAAACAGUGUAAUUCCAUCAUUCACAACCGGCAAUUAUAAUGAUUUACUCGAUAAUUUGUUUGAUUGUAAGCCAAAAAUUGAACUACCAUUCGAAGAAGAUGAGUUCUCCGAGCCGAAAAUUCUACAAGUAAACAAUUAUCAAGAGAACAUUGAGUGUAUUUCACAUGAUCCAGACAUUAAACAGGAAUUGCCCAGUGACGUUGAAAUGCAAGACGACGAAGAUGAAAUGGAAUUACCCUAUGAAGAGAAAUACAUUUGUGAAAAGAGUCUAUUUACAUCGAAACCGCCACCGGAAAAAUAUCCAUGGGAAAUCGAUUUUGCUGCAGAUCAAGAUGAUAAUGACAAUUUCAUUGGUGAUAAAUGUAUUGAAUUGAUGGGCGAAUAUGAAGAAAAUGAGAUUUUCAAACGGCUUAAAGCGAUUUUUGAAGCAGAGAAAAGUCGAUCAAUUGACAUACCACCGUGGAUUCGUAGACAUUAUCGAAAAUUAUGUGUUCGUAAAAUGCAACGAAGUUUAGGAUUAUCAGUAUUUAAUGUGGAUAAAUUUAAUAAAAGAAGUGUUCAGACUAGUAAGCAGACAACACAACCAGCUGUGCUAGAUCGAUUCCAUCAUUUGAUCGCGGGCAGUGGUGAUUUUUCAUUGGGAAAGAGAACAGACAACACAUUCAUGGCACGUUUGGCUGGAUCAUGUACAUAUGAUCUUUUCAUUAGUCCGCACACCGAACGCAUUUUGCAUCCGUUCAUAUACAGAAAUGAUAGUUGCGUUCCACCGUGGGUUAAGCUUUUGUGCGAACUUCAGUACGAAGUGAAUGGAACGAUGCCGAGUCGAGCUUCAAUCGAUUUUUGUUAUGUUCGACCUCAACACAUUGCCGCGGUCAAUGGACUGCUUCAGCGGAUGUUUUGGCCAGGAAUCGAUAUGUCUGAAUGCUUGAGUUAUCCCGAUUUCAGCGUUGUUGCUCUCUACAAGAAACUCGUUAUUGGUUGUGCCUUUCUAGUUCCCGAUGUCGGUCACAAUGAGGCAUACGUAUCAUUUAUGGCGGUUCGACCCGGUUGGCAACGUGCAGGCAUUGCCACAUUUAUGCUCUACCAUCUGACACAAACAUGUAUGGGAAAGGAUUUUACAUUGCAUGUUUCAGCAAAUAAUCCUGCCAUUUGCUUAUAUCAACGCUUUGGCUUUAAAAUUCAAGAGUUGAUAUUAGAUUUUUACGAUAAAUAUUUACCAUACGAUUCCACACAGAGUCGACACGCUUUUUUCUUACGAUUAGAACGAUAAAAUUAAAUAAAUCAUAAAAAAUUGGGAAAAUAAAUGAACAUAAAAAGUAA